AUGUCACCGGGCAACACAACUCCGCCUUGGCCAUCUUUGUAUAAUCCGGGCCUCGAGAUUUUGCACAUUGAGCACAGGCCACCAACGCAAAAAGGUGCCGAGUAUUUGUACAGCGCAAGUGACAUCUUUCGUUUCACGCUUUAUUGGAAUUUGAUCUUUUACACGCCACUUUUUCUGGUCUGCGGAGUCUACGCGUUUUGGAAUUACUCCUUCCCCCCAUCGCCCCGGCCAUCGCCACACCCACCUUCUCAAGAUACCCUCUAUCCAUUGACACCACUUCCGUUUACUGCAAGGACACUGGGGAACACACCGCUGACGACAUACAAGAAGAAUGAAAGGCGGUCAAGGCUUGCGUUUGCCCUGCUGGUCCUCCUGACCUUCAUGACGCUGAGUGUCGCUGGUGCCGUCAUUGGCGCGGCGGUGCUUGGAUUUGUGGCAAUGGGACUUUAUAGGGCUGGGAAUUUUAAUAUGUCAACGUGGAUACCUUUUUUGCUCGCCGUUAUACAAGUCUUCGUCGGACUUCUCAGGUAUGUUUGUAUGGCCCUCGAUCAUCGAAAUCAUUUGAGAAGCUGUAGUAGCAGCUUCGCAACUGAAUUGCUCCGAAAUUGUUCACAUUUUCCCAGCAGCAUCCCCGAACGAUCUGCCGAGCUCAAACCAUGUCUGAAGGAUCUUCUAAAUCGUGCAUUCACAAUAAGCUGGCGAUUCCACCUUUCUCUCUACUCUUUUUCCACCCCUUGCCUUCCACCUCUUAAUCCACCGAGGCCUCUGAUCCUGGCCCUCAUGACUUCGAACUGCAUUGCUUAA